AUGCCCCGUAUCAGAAAGAAGACAUCCAACAGGGCGACCACCCGGGACCGGGCAAAGGUCAAGCACAAGGUCGCAGAGCACCACCGCAAGCUCAAGAAGGGAGCCAAGAAGGACCCCACUUGGAAGUCGAAGAAGAAGGCAGACCCGGGAAUCCCCAACUCAUACCCUUACAAGGACAAGGUUCUUGCUGAGCUUGCUGAGGAGAAGCGCCUCGCCGACGAAGCGAAGCUUGCUCGCCGUGAAGCCAAUCGCAACCCGAACCAGCACGAGCCGGAAGACGAGACGCCCGGAAUCCAGUCUCUCCACAAGUCUUCGGUCCUGUCCUCGUCCAUCGCUCUUCCCAUCGCCAAGGCUUCUGCAUCCUCUUCUACGGACGAAAUCGACGCCGACGUCCCCGCUUUGGUCGACACCGAGUUGACCAAUCUUCAGGAUGUACUGGAUAAGGCGGACGUGCUGAUCGAGGUGGUUGAUGCGAGGGACAUUGCUGGUGGGCGGUGUGGAUGGGUCGAGGCGUUGGUCAAGGAUGCUGGAGGAAAGGUCCUGCUGGUCGUCACCAAGAUCGAUCUUGUACCCCGCGAAGCUCUCGAGCAAUGGCUUCCUCACCUUUCCCUCCCCACCUACCUCUUCUCCGCCUCUCCUACCGGCAAGACCCCAGUCCGCGGCCGCGCAGAGCUUCUCUCUGCUCUUCGCUCCCUCACUUCCACCUCAUCGGACGGAUCCGAGCCCGUCAUCGCCCUCAUGGGUCUUCCCAACUCCGGCAAGACAUCCCUCAUGAACGCCCUCCUCCCCGCCAUGGCCAAGAAGUACGAAGUCGCUCCCGUCACUGGCGGAAAUGGCGCCACAGCCAAGCACCCCGAGCCGACAACCAAGGUACCGGUAGAGGUGAGGGUGGAUGUGGGCGAGGGGAAGGGCGUCAAGAUUGUGGAUACCCCAGGAUGGGAGUUUGUGGAGGAAGAACCAGAGGAGGAUGCCGACGAGGAGGAGGAGGAGGAGGCAGAUGAGGCGCAGAUGGACAAGUGGGACUUGCUGGAAGAGCGCGUGGCGGGGGACUUGCUGCGGAGAAAUUUGGGCAGAGUGGACCGUGUCAAGGAUAUCCUCCCGCUAGCCUCGUAUAUCAUCUCUCGGUCAAAUGGCCAAGACCUCAUGCUCGCGUACAACAUCCCCUUCUUCAACACCGGCGACGUCGAGGCAUGCUUGACCGCAGUAGCUAGGGUGAACAACCGGAUCAAGAAGCACGGUGUAGUGGAUCUCGACGGCGCCGCCCGCAUCAUUGUCCGAGACUGGGCACAGGGCAACUUCCCAUACUACUCGCUCCCUCCCAAAUCGACCGGCACCACCUCCACCCCUACUGUCGACAUGUCGGCUGUCCUGGCAACAUGCCGGGGACGAAAGGAGAUGCGCGCGAGUGGCGGAAAGGGAUUGAUUCGGUUCCUGGGUGGUGAAGUGGAUCAGCGUCAAAUCGUUAUGGACGAUGACUACACGGCGAUGCUCGGUCUCGACGAUGACGAGGAUGACGAGGAGGAAGAGGGAGACGAGGAGCUCGACGAUGAGGACGAUGAGGAGGACGAGGAGAUCGAGGGUGAGGAGCUGGAGCUCGAAGACGGCCCCGAACCCGACUCCGGCUCCGACCUCGCCGAGGACGACGCCGAGUCUGAGGAGUCCGAGGAGGAAGUCGAGGAGGUACCGGUCGAGACGGUAUCGAGGAAGAACAAGCGGAAAGCCCAGCCGGGACCCAGUCCAGUGGCCGAGGAGAAGCGGAAGAAGGCCAAGCGGGUCAGCUUUGGGCGCGACGUGGUGGGGUACGGCAAGGUGCAAGGGGAGGGUAAGGCGGGUGCGGGCGGAAAGGAGUUCAAGGGGCUUGGGAAGCGGAGGAGGUGA